UAACCUGAACAAGACCAACUUUGUGUGUUUAGUCAUCUUUUCUUCUGUCUUUGACGAACCUAACUACUCGUUCCUUACUGUUUCCAACACUUGCUCUUCUGCUGAGGAUUGGUGUGGAUCUUUACCCACCAAGUCCCAGAUUGUGAUAUUAAUCUUCCAUCAGAUACACAUACGAUCAGAGGAGAGGUAGUCAAAUGCAAAAGCACCCUUAAGGCACUGGAGGGGUUUUAAAACCUUGAAGCAAGGCGUGUUAGAAAAUGCUAGUCCUAAUCUGAAAAUGGAAAACGAUCAAAGAGCUGGUGGUACACAAGAUAGUUCAAUAAUGAAAUCUGUUGAUCAAAGAAUACGCUCUAAGGGGCGUAAUGACAUAAUGACUCGCCGUCUGAAGAAUCGAGAGAGGCAACGAAGGUACAGGGCACGAAAGCGGCUAGAAGCUGAAACAAAGAAGUCAUUUGUUGUGGAAGAGACACCAGCUGUAAAAGUUGAACAACCACCGAAUGGGAACUACAACAACAACUGCAUGACCCGCAUAUAUUGUAAACGAGAUUGGAAGAAGGAUGCUAGACGUGCCCAUGUGUUAAAACAUGAACAAAUGAAUAGAUCUAUUGAUCCUCCAACCAUAACUAGCAUGCCUGAGAUGUCUUGCUUAGCCAUUGGAAAUAAGUCAGAAACAGUGCCAGAGAAGGAAAUUCAGUCUGAAUCUUCUAGUAUUGUUAGUACUGAAACUCCUAGAGUGGCGCUGAGUCGAAGAAAUUGGAAAGCAGAAGCUAGAAGAAAGAAAAACUAGUUGGCUCUUCAUUUCACGUUUUAAAAAGAGCUUUGAAAUGAUCAGGAUCAACGAAAAUCUGCUUCAUUUUCUACGUUAUUCAUUCAUACCUUUCAUCACAGACGUAGAAAGGGCAUCAAAGAAGAUACCUGCCUGACUCUGCUCAUUGCUUGAUGUUUGGCACAGAGCUAAUCAGAAGAUCAUCUCCACAGUGAAACGGAUUUUUUAUGACAUGUUGAGUAUGCAGGUAGAGUUUUCAACUUUAGUGCAACGUAUGUUUGAGAAACAAACUAUCAAUCUAUUUAUGAAUUUGUAAUAUAUAAAUCUUGAUUUACGAAAUAAGAUGCUCUUAGAAGUCAAUCUCA